AUGACCUCCCCGAGGCGAUCAUCUUCAGCAACAGGCAGGGCCGAGAGAAUGGUGUCGCACAACCGGUACACGGACGAGCAGAAGCGAUUCUUUGCCAUCCACCUCAAACUUUGGAGCCAGAAGCAGAUCAGCAAGGACGAGGUCAUCAAGCGCUUCCAGGAAAAGUUCAAGGACCCAAGGUUUGGCUACAGCCAGUAUAGAUAUCUCCGUCAGGAGGUCGGCCGGGACGUGGAGUUUGGGGCUCCUCUUCUCCAAAUCCAUGAACAAAAUACCCUCAUAACGGCACCGCAACCCGCAUCAUAUGUACAAAGCUUUCCAUACCAGCAGCAGCAGACCGCCUCAGCCCCUCAAGGCUCGUACGAAGACCAGUUUGCCGGGCCGGUCACGGACAGCUCGCCCCUCCCCCAGCAGGACUUCUCGGGCGGAUAUGACGACUUCCCUGACCUUGAACUGCUCCUCGAAGACGGUGCUCAAGCCCCUCCAGCAGCGGCUGUACUUACAAGUACGCGAGGCUUUGCAGCUUUUGUGCCAUCCCAGCAUCAGCAGCAGCAGUAUCGACAACAGCCAGACGCCACGGACGCUUUCAAGUGCUCCGGCGGCGGCCCAUGCACUAUUCCACUGGGAGCACCACACAGACAUGAGCUGAAUGGCUCGAUAGUGUUCCCGAACGAGAAGGCAAUCGCGGGCAUGCUCGCCACGGAGAAGAUUCUGAUGGGGGUGGACAAUAUGCGUCAGGAAAUCGACGGUACAAAUUCCAAGCCGCCAGUCAGCAGCAGUGCAACAGGAUAUCCGUUCACUGCAACGACAACUCUACGAAGCAACUAUGCUGCUGCCCCGGCCACCAGGGACAUUAAAAGCAACAGCAUAUUCGCUGGUUUCGAGUACGAAUCUCCCCAUUUGCAAGAUCAAUCGACAAGUCUCGGCACCACCACGGGCAGGAUGAAUCUCGACAGCAACCAAACAGAUAUGGUGUUUGACGACGACAUGUUGAAUCAACUAUGUAACGACACCACAAGCCAAGGCACCACCAGGGGUACUGAUUCAAUGUACCUGCCGACCACCAUGGCGACGCAGUACCCAUUCUUUGAGCUCCCGACCCGGGAUCCAUGGAUGCCGACGAACAACCCACCUGACAGCAGCCUCAACUACGCCAUUACUAACCCCACCGGCCUCCCGAACUUGACCCAAGCCAGCAGUUAUCAUCAUGCACCCAGGACCCAAGCAGGAAUGACCGCCAGCCCGUCCGACUGGAGAAACCAGCAGCUGGGCCGGAUGACCACUCAGCAGCCGGUAGCUGCCAUGACCAUCCCGCACCGCGGCGUCGGGUCCAGCCACGCUUCAACCGGGGCGAGGCAGCUACAGAACAGGAACACUGGAUUCGGGUUUGAUAUGGGCGCCGGCGGCAUGCAGACGGCAUAUUCUCCGAGCACCACAGCUGUCGUGCCGCAGUCGAUGUGGCCUCAAAAUGCAUCACCUACCGUCAUAGACCCGGAUCUCACCGUAGCGGCAACCUCCGAGCCAUCCCAAUGCUUUGACACAAAGGGUGCUGGUGAAUCCGGCGCGCUAAUGUAA